UUGUUAUCAAAUUAAUUUUAAACCUAUGCUAACACAUAGUACACGCUUCAUUAAUACGUAUACGUGACGAGACCAAAAGUACAAAAAGUCCAAAGUACAAAACCCAAAUCCCAAAAAGUCAGAAACAUUGACAAAAAAAAUAAUAAUAAAAAAAGAUCAAACCUUUGCCUCGAAAGCUUUCAACUUUCCUUUUCAACAACUGUCUUCAUUACCUCUUUAAUCAAUUCCCAAUUAUGACAUCAAACCUCACGCUUACCCUCUUCGUCUUCGUCUUCUUCCUCUUCCUCUGCCAUGGAAGCUCUUCUCUUUCUUCUUACCCUUUUGGAACUCAUCCUUCUAAGCUCUGUUUCAGCCGUUGAUUUCGUCUUCAACGGCUUCAAUGACUCUUCAUCUGUUAUCUCCCUCUUCGGGAUCGCCACAAUCGAAUCCAAAAUCCUAACUUUAACCAACCAAACAUCGUUUGAGACCGGUCGUGCUCUGUACAGCAAAAUCAUCCGGACAAAAGAUCCAGUCACUUCCUCUGUUUUACCUUUCUCCACUUCCUUCAUCUUCGCCAUGGCUCCUUACAAGAACACGCUUCCUGGUCACGGAAUCGUCUUCCUCUUCGCACCCACCACUGGAAUCAACGGGUCUAGCUCUGCUCAACACUUGGGUCUGUUCAAUUUGACUAACAAUGGUAACCCUAGUAACCACAUCUUUGGAGUUGAGUUUGACGUUUUCGCUAAUCAAGAAUUCAGCGACAUCGAUGCUAAUCAUGUCGGCAUCGAUGUUAACUCGCUUCAUUCGAUGUAUGCUAACACAUCUGGGUAUUGGUCUGACGAUGGAGUGUUUAAGCCGUUGAAGCUUAACGAUGGAAGAAACUAUCAAGUUUGGAUUGAUUACAGAGACUUUGUGGUUAACGUUACUAUGCAAGUCGCUGGUAAGAUUCGACCUAAGGCUCCUUUGCUUAGUACGCCUUUGAAUCUUUCUGGCGUUGUGGAAGAUGAGAUGUUUGUUGGAUUCACUGCAGCUACAGGGAGAUUGGUUCAGAGUCAUAAGAUUUUAGCUUGGAGUUUUAGUAACUCUAAUUUCUCCUUGAGUGAUAGUUUGGUGACUUCUGGUUUGCCUUCGUUUGUUUUACCAAAGGACUCGAUUCUUAAAGCGAAAUGGUUUGUUUCUGUAUUGGCGUUGUUCUGUUUCUUGAUCGUUUCUUUGUUUGGUUUGGUGUUGUUUGGUGUGGUGAGAAAGAGAUUAGAGAAGGCGAGGAAGAGAGCGUUGAUGGAGGAUUGGGAAAUGGAGUAUUGGCCUCAUCGGAUUCCGUAUGAGGAGAUUGAGUCUGGUACAAAGGGUUUUGAUGAGAAGAAUGUGAUUGGGAUUGGUGGGAAUGGGAAAGUGUAUAAAGGUUUGUUACAAGGAGGUGUUGUGGAAGUUGCGGUUAAGCGGAUUUCGCAGGAGAGUAGCGAUGGGAUGAGAGAGUUUGUAGCUGAGAUCUCGAGUCUUGGGAGGUUGAAGCACCGUAAUUUAGUUUCUUUAACAGGUUGGUGCAAGAAAGAAAAAGGUAGUUUCAUGUUGGUCUAUGAUUACAUGGAGAAUGGAAGUUUAGACAGAUGGAUCUUCGAAAACGAUGAUAAGAAAACUAUACUUAGUUGCGAAGAGAGGAUCCGGAUUUUGAAAGGUGUGGCGUCAGGGAUACUUUAUUUGCAUGAAGGAUGGGAAUCUAAGGUUUUACAUAGAGAUAUUAAAGCUAGCAACGUGUUGCUUGACAGAGAUAUGAUACCGAGGCUUAGUGAUUUCGGGUUAGCUCGGGUUCAUGGACACGAGCAAGCGGUUAGGACCACUAGGGUGGUUGGUACGGCUGGCUAUUUGUCUCCUGAGGUGGUUAAGACAGGGCGUGCAUCGACUCAAACAGAUGUUUUUGCUUAUGGGAUACUUGUUCUUGAAGUUAUGUGUGGGAGAAGACCUAUUGAAGAAGGGAAGAAACCGUUAAUGGAUUGGGUUUGGGGAUUAAUGGAAAAAGGUGAGAUCCUAAAUGGGCUUGAUCCAAGGAUGAUGAUGACAGAAGCCCUGAAUCAUGCCAUUGAUGAAGCAGAGAGAGUUUUGCAGCUUGGUUUGCUUUGUGCACAUCCUGAUCCGGCUAAGAGACCGUCGAUGAGACAAGUGGUUCAAGUGUUUGAAGGUGACAAAGCUGAGAUCUUUGAAGCGGAAAGUAGUGAAGAUGUUGAGUCAUGGAUGCUGAGGAAGAUGGGAUCUCGUGGGAGCUCACGAGAGUUUUGGUAUGGAAGCUCGUCCCAUCCGACGAUGGAGCAGAUCAGACUUCAGUCCUUGUCUGUAUCUAUUUCUUCUUGGAACAGCUCAAUUUUAGACGGGAGGUGAUGUAUGAAUGAAUAAUGGCUUAAGGAACCUUAAAAAAAUAGCCUAUUAAAAAAUGUAGUUAUAUUUUUUUAUGGCUUUACUUUGUUUGUUGUUGAGUACAUAUAAGGUUUUGUAAACUCACGUCAUUAAUCAAUAUACAUCUGUUUUUUGGGUUU